AUGUCCGUAACCGUGUUUAGGUGUAUAUUUUUAUAUAUUCUAUUCCUUUUCCCAAAAAAUGUAGUAGAUUCUUCCAGUGAUUCAGAAGAAGAGCCAUUUCCAACAGUUGGGAAAAUCCUCAGCCCUGAAUCCUUCAAAGUCUUCACAUAUACUGAAAAUAACCUUAACAAUCUAAAGGAAAAUGAAGACAGUCACUACCGUUUUGUAAAUACCGGUUCAUCAUUUAGUUAUGAGUUCAACUCAGACGUCAAAUGUAAUGAGGUUAAAUACAAGGAUAGGUUGAUUUGGAUUUAUCUCCCAAAAGAAUCUGAAAACGGUUUCCCAGAAAAAAUCAUAGUUGAUUCCCAUAUUUUCGUGGUAUUCCUCGUUUUCCAGGACCUUUUGAAACUGUAUAAAUGUGAUGAAAAUAUAUGUAGGCUUAUCUCAGAAAAACAGUCUUCCGAAUUAAAUUCUAGUAAACUUGGCCUUUAUACCACCGAUUUAGAGAAUUUAGUUAAACUGGAUCCCUCCAAAAUCCAAAAUAACCAUGGUUUUGAAAUUCAUUACAACCUCAGUGAUCAAACCAACACCCUACCAGAUUCUAAUGAGUUAAUUAAGUGUACCGAAAUUCAAUACUCUUAUCAAACUCUUUGGAAGUAUGGUUUAAAUGAAUCAGGAGAUAAAUAUCCAUAUAAAGUAUAUUUCAAUUCCUUUAUAGGUGCAAUUAUUCUUGAUUUCCAAAAAAUUUACGUGAUAUAUAAGUAUGAUGGAACUCAUUUCCACUCCUCAUCAACAGAUGCAUUAUAUGGAUCAACAGAAAGUGAAUUCAAACUCAUUGGAGAAAAUGAUUUAGAAAUAACUAAGACUGAAUAUGAAAUCAUUAAAUAUCCACAUGAUAAUGCUUUUGCAUUUCAAUUCAAACAAGAUUCCAGGUGUACUGAAAUUAGAUUUAAAGACAAAUCAUUUUGGAAAAAUCUGAACCAAGAACAAGUUCCAGAGUUGUUAUACAUAAAUUUUUCCAAAAGACUGGUUAUGAUUCAAACCCAAGUUUCAUUUUUAGUCUACACCUACACCGAUCGUUGGACAUUGAUAUUUGAGGGUAAUACCCAACUACGUGAUAUAGCUGACGAUAAACCUCAAGAAAUCAAACAUGAAGAACCUAAAGAUAUUACAAAGGAUGAGUAUGUAUUCCGUCUUGGUAAAAAACCAUUCAGGAUCAUGGAAUUUAGUUCAAAAACAAAGACCAUUCUUGUUUUGAUAGGAAUUUUCCUCUUAUUCCUAAUAAUCGUAUGCCUUAUUAUAUUCAUCAAAUAGUUUAAAGUCCAACUGCCCAAUGGCAAACUAACAUUAAAUUCAAAAUAUUAGAAUGAAUUAUACCAAUUUAAGUUUUAUCUGACUAAUUUAACAACAACUUAUAAUUUUUUAUAAGAUUAAUGAAAUUUUGAAAAUUUCAUAAUUUAUUAAAUAAAGUGACCUAUGA